GGGCGUUCUCCCGCUUUCAUGACAACUCCGUAACUCGAAAAUUUCGAGUUUUUUUUUGCGUAGAUCUAGCUACCUAUUGGUUGAUUCUAUGAACCCAUUUCAAGCAAAUCUAUGUCAUUUACACGAUAAAAGACAUUAGCAGAUUAUUUUUUUUCAUACCACACAAACCGCCAAAAUGCCGGCUACUAGUGUGCAACUCGCUAUUAAGGUUCCUGUCCUGUCCUGUCCAAUCUCAGGUUCCUGUCCUGUCCAAUCUCAGGUCCCUGUCCUGUCCACCCUCAGGUUCGUGUCCUGUCCACCCUCAGGUUCGUGUCCUGUCCAACCUCAGGUUCGUGUCCUGUCCAACCUCAGGUUCGUGUCCAACCUCAGGUUCCUGUCCUGUCCAACCUCAGGUUUGUGUCCUGUCCAACCUCAGGUUCGUGUCCAACCUCAGGUUCCUGUCCUGUCCAACCUCAGGUUCCUGUCCUGUCCAACCUCAGGUUUGUGGCCUGUCCAACCUCAGGUUCCUGUCCUGUCCAACCUCAGGUUCGUGUCCUGUCCAACCUCAGGUUCGUGUCCUGUCCAACCUCAGGUUCCUGUCCUGUCCAACCUCAGGUUUGUGGCCUGUCCAACCUCAGGUUUAUGGCCUGUCCAACCUCAGGUUCCUGUCCUGUCCAACCUCAGGUUCCUGUCCUGUCCAACCUCAGGUUUGUGUCCUGUCCAACCUCAGGUUCCUGUCCUGUCCAACCUCAGGAGCCCUGACAUGGUGAAGAGAUGUCAAUCAGUGGUGGACACGGUCAGAGCUCGCCCUGAAGAGGGGGCUAUUUCCAAGGGAAAACACGCCAGACAAACAGGAGGGGAAUUCCACAUGAAAGCCUGCGAUGCACAGGCCUUGAGACGCACAGUAUGAAGCAAGCACUUCGACAUACAUUUACAUGUAUGUGUGGUGUCUGGGGGGGUUGGCAAAAACUCAAGACAUCAAAAACUGACUGUGUCACAUUUCUUACCUUUGUGUAUGAAAUAAAGAUAGCAGUGACCUAAUAAUUGGUAUUAAUAUUGAUUUGAAAUGUUUUAUGUUCUGUUCUGGCACCGGUGCGUGUUUCCAUUCUCCUUGGCUGUCUUUAUUCCAUGGUAUUCUGUGUCUAAAUGGCUUUUUCUCCACCUGAAAUUACAAGUUAUUCCCUAAAUAGUGCACUAUGUUUUGAUCAGAGCCCUAUGGGUCCUGAUCAACAGUAGUGGACUAAAUAUGGAAUAGGGUGUCCUUUGGAACCCUGUCUUUAUGAUAUGGAACAAACUACUGCAUGUUGGAAUCGUCUGCAGGUAGGCCUGCUACCCUCUCUGUCUCUCUGUUUAUUAAAAAUCGUGUCUGAGAGUUUCACCACUUCUCUCCCAGAGCCCCUACAGAUAGGAUGAGACACCCCUCUGUCUAUGGCUGCGUUUACACAGGCAGCACAAUUCUGUUACUUUUUCCGCUAAUUUUUAUUUUUGACCAAUCACAUCAGAUCUUUUCACAUCAAAUAUAUUUUUCUGAGUUGAUCUGAUUGGUCAAAACACCAAUUUGUGAAGAAGAAAAAAAGAUACGAAUUGGGCUGCCUGUGUAAACGCAGCCCUGUUUCCUCACCACAGAACAGCUCUGUUUCUCCUCUCUCCUCUGUUGACCUCAAGCCCAGUUUCCUCCCCUCACUCUCGUCUCCUCCACCCUUACUGCAGAACAGCUCUCUUUCUCCUCCUCAAGCCCGGUUUCCUCCCCUCACUCUCGUCUCCUCCACCCUCACUGCAGAACAGCUCUCUUUCUCCUCCUCAAGCCCGGUUGACUGAUAACCAAUGUACUGAGUCUGUACCACUACAAACUGUUAGAGAGACUUUAUCACAGUGUUACGUAAUUCCGGACGGAUUCUUGCUUGCUUGAACGCCAAUAAUUCAGAUACACAUGAAAACAUGAAAUGAGCCAGGGAAUCGGUAGAACAUCACUCAGAGAUGCACAAAAAAAACAGUAUAACAUUCAAAAUGGGGUGAACCUUUCCUUUAAGCAAAAUCUGAAUAAAAUGUUUGAAAUCUUCCAAUUACUAAGAAACCA